AUGGAUUCAAUAGUGAACUUGAUCCUGAACCGGUCCGUGGUGACGGUUGAGCACAUCAAGAUUACCAAUGCCACACCAGACACCCUCACAAUGUCCCUUGUCAACCGUGUAACAGGCACCGGGCCUAUGGGCGCAACGAUGUCGCCUAUGGUCGUCGACAUGGUCUUCAACGACCAGCCGUGGGGGAAGCUUCAGCUUCCUGAGGUGAACACGAAGUCGGGCGGCACAGACGUGAUCGUGCAGGAGCAGGAGGUCAAAAUCACGAACCAGGAGUCGUUCCGGGCGUUCGUCAAGGCGCUGAUGCUGGACGAGGAGCUCGUGCUGGUGCUGGACAACGGCGACUGCCACAUCACGGCCAAGGUCAUGGGCUGGCCGCUCAAGAGCAACGUGACGUACAAGAAGAGGCUGGUAAUCAAGGGCAUGAAGGGGCCCCGAAUCAGCCUCGUCGACACCACGGCCGACAAGAACAUCAUGAAGGUCUACAACCCUAGCCCGCUUGAGAUCGACCAUGGCGUUAGCAUGUUUGACAUUGUCGACGGCGACGGUCAGGUUGUCGCUGAGGAAAAGGGCCAGCUGAAUAUAGUGAGGGGCGACUUUGACAGCACACUGGGCAUCACUUUCCAGCCCGGGAAGAAGGUCUCGCCGGGCCAGAAGCUGAGGCUCUUGGGCAAGGGUACGGAGAAGGACUCGUGGAUGAAUGACACCUUGAAGUAUAUCAACUCCGAGUUCGAGGCCAAAGACAGCUUUGCGUCGUUCCUCACGGGCUAGCCAUUCCGAGUUGCGGUCGUCGGAUCUCAAACACGAGGAUCAAACCGCUGCGUUGAGUGACUUGUGUCAGUUGUGUGGGGUUAGGUGAGCGUUUUCUGGACAAUCGCAAGAUGUCGCUUGCUUCAUUGAGUUCAUAUCAGCAAUACUACCUAGGUGUCUAUAUCCUAUCCUAUCUAUCAUCUUCAGAAA